AUGAGUCUUGAUCCGACCCAAAACAGACUCGAGUUCCUCCUGCGUCACGUAGACGAUGAACCAACCAUUGCCGACUACCGCUCCCUGGCAGAAGUUAUCAAAGGAAUUGCGCAGACUGCUGUGAACUUUGCUGUCAUCGGGGAGGUUGAUGGCGCCACCAAACUCCUCGAGACUCUUGUCAAGAGAGGCAUCGAUCCUUUUGACUAUUGCGAGACAUGCUACCCGUACCUGAAACCUUGUAUGUAUUUUGCUUGGGAGGCAACAUCAUCUUGGCCUUUAUGGAUCCCUUCAGGCCAACGAACCGAGGAAAAGCUCCUCGAGAUGGAAGAUAGAGGUCGCCAAGUUUGGCUCGAGAGGUUUAGUGAAGAAUGGGACGUUACCGAGGAAACUGCCAGGAAAGCUCUUGACAUGGCGUACAACGGCUUGCAAGCUGAACUUCCCGACUGGGAUGGUACUCUUGCAGGGCAAGCCGUUGUGGCAGAUAAGAUGAGCCAAGAAGGAGAGUUCUCGUACUCUGCCAGUCCCAACGGCCCCAUGUCUGUCAAGUACUCCAAGAUAGCUAUGUGGUGGCGUCAGGGAAUAUUUCCAUAUCCCUAUGUCCAACUCUAUCGCACUGCAGGAUUGAUGAUCGCCCUCGACAUAUACACUCGACUGAACCAGGGCACCGAAGCUAGGGAGUUAUUUGACAAGAUAUGUGGUCGGAUUGAGGCCUACGAGAUGAUCGAACAACUUGUUUGUUCCCGGUUGGUGUGGAGCAAAGUCAUAAUCAGUCCUCAUCUACCCAUGCUUGAAAUGCUCAACAUCCAUCCAGCCAAGGUCCGACCGGCUAUCUCUCGCGCUGUUCAAAUGGCCGAGAAACGCCUGGUAACCGGACCGAGACGUCGAUACAUGAACCAAGGAUUGGAGAAUCUGGUUCACACGAUCAGCAAGAACACCUUCGAGAACUGCCCUUACGGUGAUCUGGACGUUUAUCGUCCAUCAGAUCUCCCUCGAUCGAGACCUGAGAAACCUAGUGGCCUUUUAAGACCAGGAUGCUCCGCCGCCGAUAUAGCCGCAUUGGAGAAACGAUUAGAAGUACCUCUCCCUGACGACUAUAAAGAAUUCCUAAGCGUAACGAAUGGACUUGAAGCGAUAUGGAACGGCCAGAAUGCCCUUCACUAUUUGGCAAAAGCUGAAGAUGUUGACUGGCAUGACCUGGACUUUCUUGAAGGGAAUGAGAUACCUCUACUUCGCGAUGCUGAACCGCAACCUCACGCUGGUAACAUGCUGUCGUGGCCCACGCCAGAAACCCUGCGGUGUAUAUGUCUCUCGGGUGACCUUGACCAGCAAGAAGCAAAUGGCCAUCUGUUUAUCAUCGGCCCUGACAUUGUUCAGCCAGCCAAGGAUUACUUCUUCUCCACUUACCAAGAGCGAAAUGAGUCUCAGCGCAGUGAACUCGACAAUCUUGUCCAAGAGACGUAUGGCAGCAUGGAUGUCUUUAAGGACUUGGAGUACGUACUAAUGUGUUGGACACCUUGGGAUCUCAGAUUCUACCCCUCCAGAGGAGUUCGGGACUUUCUGGAACAAAUGGCAGAGGCUUCUUUGCAAAAGAACCGGCACUGGCUGUAUGUAUUUGAGCCUAGAUAUCGACGGCUUGCAAAGGAUGAUGAGUGA